GUAUAUUUUUCAACACGUUAGAAUACAUAGCUGAGGAGCGAUAUACCUCAGGAUUGACACAUAUGUUGUGUAUGCGGUCUCAACAAACGAUCUGUGAAAAAAGUGUUACAAAAAUCAUAUCAUAACUUAGUUCCUUAACAACCUUCUUCUCAAAUUGUUACAUCUUGAGUGCUUACGUAACCAGAAAUACGUAUUGGCAAAAAACAAGCGUAUAUUUUAAUUCGUUCAAAAGUGGCGUGUGUUCUUCAUAAUACCUACCCUUAUUCGUUCACUUGGCUAACUUAAUAAAUUUUCUUAUGUUCAGUUCGAUUAACAAGGUGUAAAAUGUCUGAGGAAACUAAAUUGCUGCUAGAGCCAGAAGAAGCGAGUGGAACUUCGUCCAGUGGAAAUAGUGACGAUUACGCUUACGAAAUAUCAGCUAAGGAACUCAGAGCAUGGAAGAACAACUAUGGGGCAUUAAGAGGAAAUGAAGAAUUAAUACCUGUCAAAAAGCAGAUCACUUUCUCAUGGUGUGAAAUAAAUGCCUACGGUCAGGAACCUCCUGAUCCGAAUCAGAAUAGGGUAGUAUCGCUCAUCAAAAAACAAGAAGUUGGUAUGAAACACAUUCUUAAGAAUGUAAGUGGUGUGGCUCACCCUGGUGAACUUCUAGUCCUCAUGGGUUCUAGUGGAGCUGGCAAAACGACACUCAUGAACUGCAUGACUUUCAGAAACCUUAAAUCGCUCACGAUAUCUGGUCUUGUCUGCAUAAACGAUCAGCCAGUAUCUCAAACUCAAUUGGCCGCUCAAUCUGCUUAUGUUCAGCAAGAUGAUCUUUUCAUUGGGUUCCUUACUGUGAAAGAACAUUUGAUUUUCCAGUCUCUGGUAAGGAUGGAUGCAAAAUUGACAUAUAAAGAACGGCUUCAGAGGGUUGAGGAAGUUAUGGGAGAGCUUUCCUUGAAAAAAUGCGAAAAUGUACCAAUUGGUGAACCUGGAGUAGUCAAAGGCAUAUCCGGUGGAGAAAGGAAGAGGCUAGCCCUUGCAGCUGAACUACUUACAAAUCCAUCCUUGCUUUUCUGCGAUGAACCAACAUCGGGUUUGGAUUCAUUCAUGUCACUCAAUGUGGUGCAAAUGCUCAAGGCUAUGGCGCAAACCGGUAGAACAGUUAUAUGCACACUGCAUCAACCAUCCUCUGAACUCUUCCAAAUGUUCGAUAAAAUUGGCCUCAUGGCCGAGGGAAGAACAGCUUUCUUAGGUACUCCAGCUGAAGCUGAUAAAUUCUUCACAAAAUUGCAAGCUCCAUGUCCCGUAAAUUUCAACCCAGCAGAUUACUAUAUUCAAAUAUUGUCAAUCAUCCCAGGAAGAGAAGAUUCUUGCAAACAUGCAGUGAAAAGUAUUUGUGAUGCAUUUGAAACGUCUUCAGUCGGGAUAAAAAUAAAAAAAGCUACUGCGGCUACAAAAGCUUCAGCCGCCAUAGAAGAUCCUUGGUCUCAACGAAUGCAGCUCCUCAGUCCGUAUAAAGUUUCUUGGAUAGCACAAUUCAGAGCAGUAUCUUGGAGAUGUUGGUUAGCCAUUAAGAAAAACCCAAGACUCACUAGAGUCAAAUUUUAUCAAGUUUUUUUUGUUUCAGUUUUGAUCAGUAUUUUGUUUUGGAACCAGAAGUACGACCAAGUCGGUGUUCAGAAUAUCAAUGGAGCUCUAUUUCUCUUUUUAACCAAUGCUACAUUUUUGAACCUCAUGGGAGUAAUUCUAACUUUCUGUAGUGAACUGCCCCUUUUUCUUCGAGAACACAAAAAUGGAAUGUAUCGAACGGACGUCUACUUUUUGGCCAAAAUAGCGGCUGAUAUACCAAUAUACACACUCAUAAACAUGAUGGGCACAACUAUUUGCUAUUUCUCCAUAGGUCUCAAUGAUGAGUUCAUCAGAUACGGAACCUGUGUUGUAACUUGUGUUUUAGUCACUUUAGCAGUCAUGGGAGCAGGUUACAUUAUUUCCACCAUAUCGUCAAGUAUCCAAAUGGCGCAAACACUUGUUAGUUUUAUUGUAACGCCAUUCCUAAUUUUUGGUGGUAUGUUCCUGAGUAUUACUUCAGUACCACCAUAUUUACAAUGGCUUGCAGACCUUUCUUGGUUUAAAUAUGGUAACCAAGCUUUAUUGAUCAAUCAGUGGUCGAAUGUUGGUCACAUAAUUUGUGAUGAUAGCUCUUUUUGUCCGAAAAACGGUUUAAUUGUUUUAGCAUCGCAAGGCAUAUCUCCGGAUCAACUUGUACCUUCCCUUAUUGCACUUGUUGUCUUGGCGAUUUUAUUCAGAAUACUCUCAUUCUUUGCGCUUCUUUACAAGGCAUAUUACUACGAAUAGAGAAGCGUUUUUUGUUUUCUUAUUAGACUUAUUUAAAAUCUCCUUUAUUUAUAAUAUACGAUUUCAUCUCAUAUAAUUUCGGACUUCCACGAAUUCUAUAAUAUUUAUAAAAUUAGGCACAAUUUGUAUUUAAUAAAAAUGUAAUAAGAUCCACUCCUAUUGAAUAAAAUACUUUUCAAUGAG